AUGUGCGGGAACAAGUCGGAGGCUAAGCUACUCAAGAUUGCAAAGGACGUGGAUGGGCUGGCAAAGCUUGCUGGAUCGUGGGACUUUGUGAAGAUUAGCGAUCUUCGAAAGGGACUGAUAUUCACCAACAAGAUGGUGAAAAACACGCUUCCGGACGACACGACCAUGGCCAUACCGCUCGCACUUACUGAUGGCGUCAUGUUACGUGAAAGCAAGAGCACAAGUGUAGCUGGGUCACGAAAAAGUAAGAGUGCAACAAGAGAUUCAGGAACUGAGACAGGUCGGUCAACAUCGUAUGCCAGAAGCACCGGUACGAAAGGAAUAUCAAACGUGUCAUUGAACGCUGUUACGGAAGAUGAAACAAUUGUCCCAGUAGCAUGGAUCCAGGACAAGACUGAAGGCACCAACGAUGCAAACACAGCGUCUACUGGGGAGAAACGGAAGAGCACAGAGAACGAUGAAGUCAGCGGACGGAUCAAGAGAUUGCACCUUUCAACUGCAGUGGAAGCAGCGUCAACUGAUGAUAAUUCUAGAAGAGGUACGGUUACUGGUCAGGAGGAAAACGCCAGCGAUGCAACUUUCAUAGCUGGCGAAGGACAUGUCGAGGCUGAAGCCAACAAUGUGGAAGCCUAUUGUGAAGUAGAGAUUAAGUUCGCAGAGAUUCGGGAUCGUCACUCAUCGGCUGUGGCGACAACACCCUUUGGAAGAUCGCUUCACGAGGUCGAAUCACCACUUGAACUGGCCACUGUUCUACGUAACGCGAUCAAAGCGCACUGGUCAUUAAUGACAGACGCAAAGAUAUUGCACCGUGACAUCUCAGCAAACAACAUCAUCAUGACUGGAUCUAAAGCUUGUAAGGACUGGAAAGGAUUUGUCAUUGACCUGGACCCAGCCGUCUUGCUUACGGAUGGCAAAUCUCAAGAGAAAAGACAGGCCAUGACCGGGACGAUGGAGUUCAUGGCGCUGGAGGUCUUGAGUGGCAGUUGCUAA